UAUAUAUUUUUCCCUGAUGAAUUCUCCUCUGUCCUGACAUUCGGUUGACAUGGGAGACUGGUGGACGACAGAAACAAUGGAGCCGUCUUUAGAGCGCCAUGACCUCUCAAGGAUAUCUCAGGUAACAAUGUCCCCCUCGAGGCAGAACAACCAUCCUGAGAUGCACUCCUCCAUGCUGCUGUCCAAGAGCUCCUACAAUGUCAUGAAUGCCUUCUGUAAUGAGGAUAAUGUCUCCCAAUGCACCACCUACAUAAAUCAGGAGAUGAGCUCACUGGGCCUCCCCCUGAUGUACGUGGAUGCCUGCUCAGAGGAGGGGACGGGCAGGCAGAGCACCGUGGCAGCCCUGAACGUCAUGUAUGAGCUGCUGCAGAAGCACCGCCGCAGUCAGCUCUCCUUGCAAGAGCUGGAGACAGCGCAGGUCAAGACCAGCGGCACCCUGGAACACCUUCAGAUCAGCAACUGCAGACUCAAGGAUCAGUUGGAGUUCUCCAAAAGGGAGAAAUCUGGACUACACGAGACAGAGAGGCAGCUACAGCUCAAAAUCAAGACUUUGCAGAAUUGCCUGAAAACGGAGAAAGAAGAGGUUCAGAAGCUUCAGGCCAUCAUCACCAGCCGUGCGUCUCAGUACAGCCACAAUGCCAAGAGGAAGGAGAGAGAGUCGAGCAAGCUUAAGGAACGCCUAGGCCAGCUACUGGUGGACAAAAGAGAUAAGAAAAUAACAAUUGAUGUGUUAAACUACUUGGGGCGGUCUGAUGGAAAAAGAAGCCAAUGGAAGACAGGAAAGAUGGAGGCCAGACAUGAGGGAGAGAUGUACAAGUCCUUGCUGAGUGAGUAUGAGGAGCGUCAGAGGGCCCUGAUGCUGGAGAACGUCGAGCUGAACCAAGUGCUCCAGCAGAUGAAGAAGGAGAUGGUGUCCAUCCUGAGCCCCAGGAAGCCCUCCAGGGGAGCCAUCGCCGAGGACAGUCUGGAGCAGGCCUUCUCGGACAAGGAGGAGGAGGUGGCUUGGGACUCCAGUAGGGAACCCCUGGACCAGUCGUGUGAGCACGCUCGGGAGCAGCUCACCAACAGCAUCCGCCAGCAGUGGAGGAGACUGAAGAGCCACAUGGAGAGACUGGACAGCCAAGUGUCCUUGGUGCAAUCUCAGCAGGGUGCGGGUGAAGAGCUGGUCUCCAGGGAGAUCCACGAGGAGGAGAUGGAGAAGAUGAGGUUGGAGAUGCAGCAGUGCAAAGACUUUAUCCAGACCCAGCAGCAGCUCUUACAGCAACAGCUCUUUUCUCCAUACGACGACGAGACUGCGGCGGUGCUGAACGACGGCUACACACUGGAGGAGAAAGAGAGACUCAAGGAGGAGUGGAAGCUCUUUGAAGAGCAGAAGAGAAACUUUGAGAGGGAGAGAAAGAACUUUACAGAUGCUGCUAUCCGCUUGGGCCAUGAGAAAAAGUCUUUUGAGGAGGAUCGUGCCUCUUGGCUGAAGAAUCAGUUUUUUAACUUAACUCCUUUUGUGGACCGCAAGAGACAUUCUAUGUCUGACAACCAAAGUGCCUUAUCAAUCCGCAGUGAACCAGAGAUGAGGAGAUUACCAUCCACUCCAGCCCAGCUGACCAAAUCACAGACGUAUGCUGUUUUUUCCACUCCAAAGGGUGUGCCGCAUGGCAGUGGCAUGCCAUCCACGGCUGAUCUGUACCGCACACUCCGCCUCAUCCCCAACAGCAGUUCCUCCAGAUCCCAGUCAAAGCGGGGGAGCUGGCAAGGGUCAAACACCACACAGGGUGGAGAUAGUCCAGUCAGGGCCAGGCAAAGACAUGGAGAUGAAGAUUACAGUAUGUUUUCGUUUGAUGGAGAUCAAAGAAGCCUCAACUAAAGAACAUACAGAGCCAUUGCUUUGGACCCCUCUCAACAGAUGGCCUAGUUCUGCUGUUGUCAACACUGCCUUAGGAUGCCACAGACACUCUUUACAUAUUGUUUUAUCAUGGAUAAUGUACCUGUGACUGAUCCUAUUCCAGAACAUGAUUAUACAGCACUUUUAUGUCAGUAAUUAUUAAGCCAUUGCCAAGUCUAGAAGAAUGUUAGAACUGUAUGUUUUGGCAGUAGGCAUGGCCUAUUUGUGGAUGAUUUGGGAUAAUUGUUACGACAUAUUUUUACAAUGUGAUAGCUAGGUGGGGGUCAUGUGAAAAGUUUACAUAUUUUCUUCACUCCAGAUGAAUGGAUACUUUUUGGUAUGAGAACUAUAGUUUUAGAUUAAAGAUGAUUUGCUGCUUUCACAGUGCAAUAAAGUAUUUUUUUGUCUUUUCAGUUUAUUGUCGGUGUUUUGCUGCCCCCUACCGCAGGUUAAUAGAGGCGUCACCAAAACCGUGAAUGCCAAAUAGAAAGGAAGAAUCUACCGGAUAUGUGCCUUUGCUACUUUGUUUAAACAUAUAACUAGCAGCCGUGAUAGCCUCGUUCUACAAGAUGUCUGGUUCAUCAAAUCUGGUCGCCAUGAAGAAGGUUGUACAGCAGCUACGCUUUGAAGCGAGUAUAAACAGAGUAAAGGUUUCUCAGGCCGCGGCAGAUCUCCAGCAGUUCUGCAUGCAGAACGCCAACCAGGACCCUCUGCUCACUGGAGUUUCCACUAGUACCAAUCCAUUCAGACCACAGAGAGUGUGCUCCUUUUUAUGAGACCAGCCACUGCAUUCUUUCGGCCUUCAUUUUGAUGCUACAGGGAAAUGCUGACCUCACUGACCUCCAUGCCAAGGCAUUCCAAUGCCACAUGAUGUUUCAAAGUGUCUGACUCUUGUCUGGAAUAUUGCCAUCUAUUUACAGCCACAUUAGGGGGGGGGGAGACUGGUUUAGAUUUCAUGGCAGAGUGUGGUUUUUAAGUAAAUUAUGGUGCCUUUUCUAUUCUAUUUUAUCCAUCAUUGGUCUUGACUUUUUGUAUUUAGAAAAUAAAACUAAUUCUUGCUCUUCUACAUAAA